CCUGGUGACGAGUCACGUGACUCGAUGGCAUGGCGCUGUUGUCUUAAUGUGCAGAGUAUCUAAAAUACUAUUAAUUUCUAAUGAUCUAAGCCUUUAGUUGCAUGGUUAAACUAAAUUUAUGUAAUGCUGCUUCCUCCAGCCGUAUUUCACUUCCUCUGGGAGAUCAAUACAGACCUGGUGAAAGAUGGUGCGUCAGUACGAACGUAUGGCAGGUCGGUCCACGUGUUAAAGUUUUCAGAAAUGGUUAGACUUAUAAGUUACGAGCCAGAAGGGUCCAAAGCCAUUCUAAGUGGUCCGCAGUCUUCUGCACAGUGCCAUGUGUCUGUGCAAACAACACUUGUUGAACCAUUUCAACCCACACUCGGAGCUCAGUAUUUUGUUCUUGGCGAAAUUGAAAAGACUGAUGGAUUAAGUGGAGUUAUACUGCAUGCUCGUGCUUUGAGUAGCAUUGAUGGCGUAGACCUCACAUUAAUGCAAAAGGCCAUUAUGGAACAGAGAUGUUUCUUUAAUGAGAGAAUGCCUGAGAUUUGUGCAAGCUCCCCACUGUGAUCUGUCAUGUGUAAAAAAUAAAUAAAUAAACACUGUGAAAUGUGAUUAUUUGAGAAAUAUUUUUUUGUGUUUUUGUACAAUUUGAGAGUAUGGCUUUGUGUCAACUUAGGACUAUAGGACUAUAAUGUGUAUUUACAGAAAGUAGAUAUGAAUCAUUUUACAUUUAGCUAAUGAUUAUCAAUUGCUAACUGAGAAAAACAAAAUCUAUUCUUAUUUUUGGAAAAUAAAUUAGUAAAAUAUGCAGUGUUCAUAGCCGAGGUGAAUAGUUCUUCAGUUAUAUAUUGUGUUGCUGUAUACUGUAUGGUAUUUUUUCCAAACUUUGACACACCCUAUGUAUACUGAAUGUUAAGUACAAGAGGUAAGAGCUCUAUUAUUCUUUAGAUUUUUGAAUUUAAUAAUAAUUAUAAAAUUAUGCCUGCAAAUAAUAUGUUUGAUACCACUCUUGUAUUAUGUGUUUAUUUCAUUUAGUAAAACCAAGAACAAAGAACAAAAGUAAUUCAUUACAUUUUUUAUUAUUUUUGUUGAAUCUUAACAGCAGUUUCAGAAAGGACAGAGAAUGUUAAAGACAUAAAAGUAUAAUGACUUUUAAUCAGAAAUUGCACUUCUGGCCCAUCCAAGGAAAUAAAAAAGGCUAAUUUAUUUUCCACAUUUGGUUUCUGAUAAAUAUUUAUUGCAUUCUAUGGGUUACAAUAUUUUGCCCCAUUACAUAAUGUAUAAAAUGAAGUAAACAUAAGCAUCUCAGCAGUUGAGAUUUUUAAAUGACUAUGUUCAAUCUAACUAAUUUCAGUGUUAUGUGGUUAAAUUGGCAGAUUUUAAAGCACCUCAGAUUUACAGUAUGUUGCAUUACAAGUACAGUAUAGAUCAGAUUAAAUAUUACUAUUUUCAUAUUAAGUUUAAAAAGCUUGUCUAAACAUUUAUUAUACAUUAUAUAUUGAUUAUAAUAAAAUCAGAAAGAAAGAAAAAA